ACAAUGAAUCAUCAAAAACCAAGGCACACCACGAUCACUGGAGAGACAGUGGAUGGUGGAAGUAUGGUCAACCUACCAAGUCAGGGGUCAUGGACAGAUUCUGGCAUUCAGUCCAUGGGACAACAUACUGACAACACUGGCAUCAGCACAGGUGUAAGUGGACCAUCAGGCAACACCAUGGGGGGUGCCCGGGAAGAGAGGGAGAGCAGUGGCCCACAAGAAAAGGAACCACAGCCUAUAGCUAACAUUGACACAUGUACAGAAGGAUCAAACAUUGAGACUGUGAACAGUUCAUCAGCCUAUCGUGCACUUAAAGCUACCAUGGGCAAUGUACAGAAGGAGGUUAAUCAGAUAUCACAGUUGUCAACUGAAGUAAACAACAUCAUUAACAUCACAUUCCAAGAGGGCAGCAGUAGUGAUGUGGACCUCACCCAAGUGUUUGAAAAUCUUAAGCUAAUAAUUCCUAAGGCAGUAAAGCUUGUGGAGAGUGGCCCAGAUAUCCAGAACAAUUUUCCAUUUUACAAAAUAGUCAACAGAGACACAACCAAAGCUGACAGGACUACCCAGCGGAACACUGUGGAUACAAAGCCCCCACCAGCUGAAACAGACUUGAAUCCCAAACAUGUACAGAGUACGACUAGUAAAGGGUCAAUUUCCCUCUUGACUUCAAAAUUGGCAUCCCUUUCUUUAGAUGAAACUAAGGGCCAGGCUGAAACCAAACCUCUGCAAGCCCAGGCUGAAGAGUCUAUACCAUCUGAGCUUCUUACAUGUACAUCCAGAACACCAUACAAUGAUGCAUUAUUAUCUACUCAACCACAAGACAGUCAAGAUACACAGCUCACAAACAAGCAAAGCGGCCACUUGACUGAGCCUGCAAAUUCUACAACUGCAGCUGCAACUUCAUCUGCACCUGUGUCAAAGUCUGGAGCCACUGCUGUCACUCAUGAUGAGACCCCACAAUUUUUGGCUGACAUUGAUGGAAUCACUUCACUCGAUGAGGAUUGUAUGUACGAGUCCGUUUCUGCACCAGCAACAGAAGCAGCAUGCCAACUGCGGAACAGCAGUGUCAGCACCGAGGGCCCCCAGCAGAUCAGCUGUACCAGCACCGAGGGUCCACUGCAGAGCAGCAGUGCCAGAACCAAGGGUCCUUUGCAGAACAGCAGUGCCAACACCGAGGGUCGUCAGCAGAACAGCAGUGCCAACACCGAGGGUCGUCAGCAGAACAGCAGUGCCAGCACUGAGGGUCAUCAGCAGAACAGCAGUGCCAGCACUGAGGGUCAUCAGCAGAACAGCAGUUCCAGCACUGAGGGUCAUCAGCAGAACAGCAGUGCCAGCACUGAGGGUCCUCUGCAGAACAGCAGUGCCAGCACCAAGGGUCCUCAGCAGAACUGCAGUGCCAGCACUGAAGGUCCUCAGCAGAACAGCAGUGCCAGCACUGAGGGUCCACUGCAGAACAGCAGUGCCAGCACUGAGGGUUCUCAGCAGAAUAGUGGUGCCAGCACCGUGGGUCCUCUGCAGAACAGCAGUGCCAGCACUGAAGGUCCUCAGCAGAACAGCAGUGCCAGCACCGAGGGUCCACUGCAGAACAGCAGUGACAGCACCGAGGGUCCUCAGCAGAACAACAGUGCCAACACUGAGGGUCCACUGCAGAACAACAGUGCCAGCACUGAGGGUCCACUGCAGAACAGCAGUGCCAGCACCAAGGGUCCUUUGCAGAACAACAGUGCCAACACUGAAGGUCCUCUGCAGAAGAGCAGUGCCAGCACCGAGGGUCCUUUGCAGAACAACAGUGCCAGCACUGAGGGUCCACUGCAGAACAGCAGUGCCAGCACCAAGGGUCCUUUGCAGAACAACAGUGCCAGCACCGAGGGUCCUUUGCAGAACAACAGUGCCAGCACUGAGAGUUCUCUGCAAAACAGCAGUGUCAGCACUGAAGGUCCUCAGCAGAACAGCAGUGCCAGCACCGUGGGUCCUCUGCAGAACAGCAGUGCCAACACUGAAGGUCCUCAGCAGAACAGCAGUGCCAACACUGAGGGUCGUCAGCAGAACAACAGUGGUGCCAGCACCGUGGGUCCUCUGCAGAACAGCAGUGCCAACACUGAGAGUUCUCUGCAAAACAGCAGUGCCAGCACUGAGGGUUCUCAGCAGAAUAGUGGUGCCAGCACCUUGGGUCCACUGCAGAACAGCAGUGCCAGCACUGAAGGUCCUCUGCAGAACAGCAGUGCCAGCACUGAAGGUCCUCUGCAGAACAGCAGUGCCAGCACUGAAGGUCCUCUGCAGAAUAGUGGUGCCAGCACCGUGGGUCCUCUGCAGAACAGCAGUGCCAGCACUGAGAGUUCUCUGCAAAACAGCAGUGCCAGCACUGAAGGUCCACUGCAGAACAGCAGUGCCAACACUGAGAGUUCUCUGCAAAACAGCAGUGCCAGCACUGAGGGUUCUCAGCAGAAUAGUGGUGCCAGCACCCAGUGCCAGCACUGA